CAAAAAGCAUACUCCAAAUGAUCUUCUUGCGAAGGACCAUCAUAACAGUUUACCUAGCAGCAUUAUUGGAAAUAUUCCUAUGCGAAUUAUCAAAGGAAACUGGUUUGUUUCAAGUGCUUGGCAACAUGGAGCCCGCUCAUGUGCUCCACGAUAGUGUGAUACAGUCUUAUUUUGAUAUUACCCGUAUAGUUUACUGUAUCGAAAAAUGCGAAAAUAAUUCUGCCUGCCGUAGUAUGAAUUGGUACAGAAGCCAAGGACUGUGUCAACUGAACAACGAAACCCAUUUGUCAUAUCCUGAAGGGUUUGUUCGAAACAUUACUGGAAAUUAUAUGAUUUACGGCGUUCGUCCCAUGGCUACAUGUAGCAACAAGAUGUGUGCAGAACAAAGAGUUUGUUUGAUGGAGGAAGAUGGGAUUAACUUUAAAUGUAAAGAAAAUUGCACUCUKGCAUUGGGAAUGGAGGAUGGUCGCAUUAAAGAUAAUCAGCUAAGUGCAUCGUCAUCUUUUAGCAUUGAACACACUCCUAAAAGAGCUCGUUUGCAWUCUAAUUUGCCUAAAGGAAGCUGGACCUCAGCAUCCGAUGUUCUUCCCCAAUACCUUCAGAUUAACCUUGUCAAGACGCAUGUUAUAAGCCAAGUUGCCAUACAAGGAAAAGCAGUUGGAUCUAUUCAAUGGGUGAAAAGAUUUUACCUAAUGUUUAGCGAGGACGCUCUCAAGUGGAAASCAUACGAAUACGCAGGCAUCAUAAAGAAAUUUGAAGGCAACAUAGACAAGUCGUCUGUUGUGACUCACAAGCUCUUAAAACCGAUCAAAGGAAAAGGCAUUCGAUUUAUGGCUGUGAGUUGGCAUGUUCGCAUCUCGAUGAGAGUAGAGCUAUAUGGAUGCAUUGCUUGAUGGGGCCCUUGGUAGCCAACGAAAGUUUACAUUAAUGAAAUUGAGACGUAUUAAUCCAUUAGGGCAUUAGGUAUCACUAAAACUGAUCAUA